AUGGAUGACGUUGAACGCACUACCUCUCGAUUAUGGAGGGCUUACAGGACUGUGAAAGAAAUGGUGAGAGACCGCGGGUAUUACAUAACGCAAGAGGAAAUUGAUAUAUCCCUUGACCAAUUCAGAGAGAAGAUAUGUGAUUCCAUGGGAAUGCCACAAAGAAAACUCAUGUCAUUUCAAGCUAAUGCUUCUCAAGAAGCUGCGGAGAAAUAUGGAGAUCUGGGGCCUUUAUGGGUUGAAUUUUGCGAUGAGCCUUCUGUUGGGAUAACUACCAUAAAGAAUUUUUGCCAACAUAUCGCAGACAAGAACUUUGCUACAGGAAUCUUUAUUUACCAACAGAACAUGACGCCUUCGGCCACAAAAGCGAUCGCGGUUGCGGAACCAGCCACAAUCGAGACAUUCCAGGAAGCUGAUAUCAUAGUCAACAUUACGCACCACGAAUUAGUUCCUAAACAUAUCAGGCUGUCAACCGAGGAGAAGAAAGAAUUGUUGGCUCGGUAUAGAUUAAAAGAAUCUCAGUUACCCAGAAUUCAAAGAGAGGACCCUGUUGCUCGAUACUUGGGACUCCGUCGUGGACAAGUUGUCAAGAUAAUUAGAAGAUCCGAGACUUCUGGAAGAUAUGCAUCCUAUAGAAUCUGUCUUUGA